GUGACCUUUAUGGCAGUUUGACGGAUAGCUAAGUUGAGGCCCGCUGACUGCUCAUUGGGAGGUGGACAGGUGUUCAGAUAACUCAGGUGAGUCGAGAAGAGGAGCGAAGUAGACAUUGGUGGAUGGUUUGAGAUUCGAUUCGAUACUUUACUGGAGAACUUCCCUUAAAGAACUUGUGCAGCCAAGGAAACCGGGGGUUUCACAAAGAUCAAGAUGCACAAACUAGAAGGAAAGGAAGAAAAGAAGUUGUCUACCGCUGUCACAAUCACUUCUUGCAGUCUCAGAGUCAACUCCUACAACUGCCAUGGAGGAGGGCCCAGAAGCUGAGAUUGUUUUCACAAGCCCAAGUCUCACCUGCCAAGCACAGUGAUCCCCUUGUGAGGAAAAACAUUAUCCCACCAGAUGAAUCCAAUUCCAUCAGAUCUCAAGUCUGAAGCCAAGAAAGCUGCAAAAAUUUUAAGAGAAUUUACAGAAAUAACUUCAAGAAAUGGACCUGAUGUAAUUAUACCAGCUCAUGUGAUAGCAAAAGCACAAGGACUUGCAAUCUUAUCAGUAAUUAAAGCUGGAUUUUUAGUAACAGCUCGUGGAGGUAGUGGAAUUGUAUUGAGCCGCCUACCUGAUGGAAGAUGGUCUGCUCCCUCAGCAAUAGGCAUUGCUGGUCUUGGUGGUGGUUUUGAAAUUGGAAUUGAGGUGUCUGAUUUGGUCAUAAUCCUGAAUCACAAGCGUGCAGUUGAUGCUUUUGCAAAAGGGGGAAACCUUACGCUGGGUGGAAAUUUUACUGUUGCAGUUGGACCUAUUGGCAGAAAUUUGGAGGGAGAUGUUGCUGUUAGGAGUUCAGCUGCAGUGUACACUUACUGCAAAUCACGAGGGUUGUUUGCUGGAGUGUCAUUAGAGGGAUCUUGCUUGAUUGAAAGAAAAGAGACCAAUCGCAAAUUUUACUGCCAGGACAUCAGAGCAAGUUCAAUUUUGUUUGGAGAUGUCGAACCUCCAGAUGUAACCCAAGAGCUAUAUGAAAUACUGAACAAUUUCACUGAACAGUACCUAAAGGAAGAAUCACAUGGAAUCAAGAAAAAAGUAGCGAGAGUACAAGCAAGGGUCAAAGGACCAGAAAAAUCUUCACCUCGGUCACUACGUACCCAAACAUCAGUGAAUGGAAGGGUAGAAGUGGAGCCAAGUUCCAACGGCAAUCUUUAUCCACGUCUACCAAGCUACCGAUCUGAAAAUCCAUGGGAAAAACCUUUAACAGUGACAGCAAUGUAUUCCUUUGAGGGACAAGCAGCAGGUGAUCUGAGCUUCAAUUCAGGUGAUGUAAUUACAGUGAUAUCCAAAACUAAUUCUCAUUUUGACUGGUGGGAAGGACGACUCCAAGGAAAGGUCGGCAUUUUUCCAGCUAAUUAUACAUCUGUAUCUCAAGAAGGUUGGUAGGUGCCUUCCAAAUUGAAAAAUGUCACUCAUUGUUUUCCUGAAUGAUUUAUAAUAACCAUAUUUUAGAACAAGAUAUAUUUUAGAUAUAAGAUAAUUAUGCAAAGUUGUCAUUUUUUGAUCUGUUUGUAAACCAAAACUGAGAGCAAGAGAAUUUUAAAAAAUAAUCAGUAUACAGUGCCUUGUAAAGUUAUUCAGCCCCCAACCUUUUGUUCACAUAUAUGAAUAUUACAACUAGGGAUUUUGAUCAAUUUAACUGAGAUUUUUUAUUUAUGAAUCAGAUGCUUCGUUUUUAGAGCCCAAAAAAACAGGGAAAAUUGUAAAGCAUGAAAAACAAAAAAUUCAAAACCUGAAAUGUCAGCAGUUCAAAAAUAUUCAUCUCCCCCCACCCCCCACCCCUUUGCUCAAUUGAACCACCUCUUGCAGCUAUUUCAGCCAGCUGUCUUCUUGAAAAGUCUCUGUAGUGGUGUUGGACAGCAAUCUUGAGAUCGUGCCUGAGAUGUUCAAUCGGGUGAAGGUCAGGACUCUGACUGGGCCACUCAAGAAUAUCAAUUUUCUUCACUUGAAACCACACCAUUGUUGCUCUGGCAGUGUGCUUUGGGUCAUUGCCCUGCUGAAAGAUGAAGUUCCUCCCCAGUUUAAGCUUUCUGGCAGAGGCUAGCGGAUUUUUAUCCAGGAUCUCUCUGGUUUCAGCAGCAUUCAUCUUCCCAACAAGUCUGACCGAGUUUCCAGUCCCUGCUGCUGAAAAGCAUCCCCAUAGCAUGAUGCUAUCUCCACCAUACCUUACAAUAGAGAUAGUGUUACCUGGCUGAUGCACAGUAUUAGAUUUAUGCCACAAAUACCACUUAGUGUUGAGGUCAAAAAGUUCCACUUUAGUCUCAUCUGUCCACAAGUCCUUCUUCCAGAUCUUUACAGUAUCUUCCAAGCGAUGCUUUGCAAAGUCUUCAUGUUCAGUGCCUUUGAGACAGUCUUUUACCCUUCUCCCAAUUUGUGCUUCUGUAUUAUCAUUUCCCUGACUUGUGUUGAAUGUUGGUUUGUCUUCAUUUUGGUUUCAUCUGUUGAAAGUUUAUCAUACUGUUGGACUUUACAGAGAGAAGGGGUACUUACUCUUAUGAAUUCAUUGAAAACAUGUGAUCCUCUAAUUUUCUACAUCAAUAAAUUGGGUGAGUUGGGUAAGGUGAUAUAUAGCACCUGAGGAAACUUAGCCUAGUAAUUUACAAAGGGGGAUGAAUACUUUUUCAGCCUCACAAUAUAGGCUUUAAAUUUUUAAUAAAUUAUUGACAGUUUUUGGUAUUUUUCUUUUGAUUUGACAUAAUACUCAAUGUUUUGUAGAUUAGCUCAAAAAAUCCUACUUAAAUAUUUUAAUUUAGAAAAUGAGACUGAAAUGUGAAAAUAGUUGUGGAGCCUGAAUACUUUUUCAAGACACUAUAAAUACUAAGAAUAAAUUUACCAUUGAUAUCAUCAUUGAUUUGUUAAGAAUUUUGAAUGAUUUUAUAACUUGACUUUUCUAAUAAUUCUAUAUGGUGCCAAAUAGCAUUUGACAAGGGAAAGGUACAUGCCACUUUAAAUGUAAAAUUAUAUUGUAUUUCAAAAGUAGAACUUAUAAGAAGUAUGUUCUAGAUUUGAAUUCUGUAUUUUUUUAAGAAAACUAUUGUGGAGGUGAUUGACAAUCAUCAAACAACAAUUAAAUAAAGAAGUUUCAAUUAAUGGUGUAGGUGUAGAAAUAAUUAUAACCAUAACAAUUUUGAAGUAUAUGAAACUGUUGAUUCUGUGAUUUUGCAAUUAUGACUUUAAACUUAUAAGUGUGUUGGGUAAUUGUAAAGUAUCUCUAAAGCAGAAUCUGGUUAUUAAAUAUAUGAACAAAUAGAACUUUAUCAUGUAAUAAAAUGCAACCUUAAAGAUUCUUAAUGUUGGCAUAUGAUCUGCAAGUGUUUUUUUUUAAUGUAAGAUGUGAGUUAACUGAAGUCCUUUGUCGAAUAUAUCUCAUUUUACAAACACACUCAUCACAAGUAACCACCAACUGCUAAUAAAUGGAAUUGCUAUAGAUUGUCAC